AUGGGGGCGCCUCGCUCCCCCGGGGGGGCGCGCGCGAGCGAUGACGACGCGCGUGGUCGUCCGAGCGCCCCGGAUGAGCUGAAGAAUUACGAGAAACUGGGUCGAAUCGGUGAAGGGACGUACGGUGUGGUGUACAAGGCGCGAUGCCGAGCGACGAACGAAAUCGUCGCCUUGAAGCGCGUUCGGAUGGAUCGCGAGCGGGACGGGAUGCCGCUCACGUCGUUGCGUGAGAUUAAAAUAUUACAGCGGUGCGCGCACGAGAACGUGAUCUCGCUGAAGCGGGUGAUUCAGGGAGAGACGCCGUCCAACGUAUUCUUAGUGUUCGAGUACUGCGAGCACGAAAUGGCGCGGUUGAUAGAUUUCGUCAAGACGAAGUUCACGACGAGCGAGGUGAAAUCGUUGAUGAUGCAAACGUUGCGGGCGGUGGAGUACUUGCACGAGAGAAAGGUGUUUCACAGGGAUUUGAAGCUGAGUAAUUUGUUGCUGAACCAACGCGGGGAGUUGAAGCUGUGCGACUUUGGCUUGGCGCGGACGUAUGAUCCGAUCGAGGCGGGGAUUUACACGCCCAAGGUGGUGACGCUUUGGUAUCGAGCGCCCGAGCUCUUGUUCGGCGAGGAGCAGUACACGGCGGCGAUAGACAUGUGGUCGUGCGGGUGCGUGUUUGCCGAGUUUCUGAAGCACGCGCCGCUGUUCCCAGCGUCGACGGAGAUCGAGCUCAUGCAGAUGAUUUGCGCGUUGCUGGGUAAUCCGAACUCAAACAUUUGGCCGGGAUGGGAUUCUCUUCCACACGCGAAAAGUUUCAAAUUUCCAGAGCAGCCGUAUAACUUUUUGGAGCUCAACUUUCCGUCGCUCUCUCCCGCGGGCGUGGAUCUGCUCGACGGCUUGCUAACGUACGAUCCAGGGAAACGACUCACGGCGAAGGAGGCACUGGCACACGAGUACUUCAAAGAGAUGCCACCUCCGAAGUCGCCGGCGGAGAUGCCGACGUUUCCGAGCACGCACAACACGAGCUCGUCGCGCUCCCGUCGCGCUGCCGAAGACAAUGAUCGCAGCAAGCGCCAGCGCGGCGCGUUGGACGAUCGCAUCGCCGCCGUCUUUUAG